AAAUCGUUGAUUCAAUUAAAUAAUAACAUUACAGCACGACAAACCAAUUUAACACAACGUCAGCAAAUUAUUCUUAAACAGAAAUUAUCGGUUUUCGACCGCGCUCCGAUGGUAAUGAACGUGGCUGGUACCAUCGGAGCAAUGCAAUUAUCUUAUCUUACAUAUGGUCCCAAAUAUGUACCACCUUGCCAAAGUCGUUUUCCAAGUAAAUUUAUUGAUACAACUAUUACUCGACAACAUGAUCAAAUUGUUAACAAUUUCAAAAAGGGUUUUUAUGACAAUUGUGUAUCAUGUUCAGAUCAACGAGCAAUAGAUUUUUUUAUCACUGUAAAAAAUAGUCUUCAUCGAUUCCAUACAAUGCCAUUACCUCCUAAAUUAUAUGCUCGUGUUCAAUAUAAAUAUCGUAAUAUUAAACAUAUUCGUCGUCGAAUUAAAGAAUCCAAUGUUAUUUUACGACCAACGGAUAAAAGUAAAGUAUUUCAUUUAGCUAAUGCUCAUAGUUAUCAUCAAAAAGCAUUACAAUACAUGCAAGAAACGAAUGCUUAUCGAGAAAUAACAAGUGAUAUUAAUCCGUGUCAUGAUCAUGUGCAAAAGAUUGGAACACCUCUAAGACCAAUUGUUCCCUCGAUCAAAGCAGCAGCAACUGGUGUCUCACACUUUCUCGAUCUUCGAUUACGUCCAUUAUUCGACGAAGUAGCCAAAGAAACAACAUUUAUCAAUAAUCUUCAUUUUGUUCGAACAUUAGAAAAAUAUCGAGAUAGUGGUCGUCUUUCAUCAACAGCAUUAUUUCUUAGUGGUGAUGUAGCUAAUCUAUAUACAAUGAUACCUCGAGAUGGAGCAAUACUUGCUUUACUAAAAUUCUUAAAUAAAUAUACUCAAAAUCAUCGAAUUGUUGGAAUGACAAUUGAUACUAUAACAAAACUGGCUCGUUUAGUUUUGGAUACAAAUUGUUUUGUAUUUGAAGAUAAAUAUUAUUUACAAAUUCGUGGUGGAGCUAUGGGAUCACCAUUUACAAUGACAUUAGCAAAUAUCUANGUCAGCAAAUUAUUCUUAAACAGAAAUUAUCGGUUUUCGACCGCGCUCCGAUGUCAUAUUCUUCCAUCAACUAUUAUAGAAGUAGAUAGUCAUUUUUCGCCAAGGCAAUUAUCUUAUCUUACAUAUGGUCCCAAAUAUGUACCACCGUGCCAAAGUCGUUUUCCACAAUCCAAUGUUAUUUUACGACCAACUGAUAAAAGUAAAGUAUUUCAUUUAGGUAGUGCUCAUAGUUAUCAUCAAAAAGCAUUACAAUACAUGCAAGAAACGAAUGCUUAUCGAGAAAUAACAAGUGGUAUUAAUCCAUGUCAUGAUCAUGUGCAAAAGGUUUUAACAUUAAUAGAUCCAAUGUUAAAAAAAGGCGAUAUUAAUUUAAAAUUAUGGAAACAAAAUAUGCGACCAAAUCCAAAUACGACUGAAUUGGCUCAUCUAUAUUUUAUACCAAAACCUCAUAAAAUUGGAACACCUCUAAGACCAAUUGUUUCUUCGAUCAAAGCAGCAGCAACUGGUGUCUCACACUUUCUCGAUCUUCGAUUACGUCCAUUAUUCGACGAAGUAGUCAAAGAAACAACAUUUAUCAAUAAUCUUCAUUUUGUUCGAACAUUAGAAAAAUAUCGAGAUAGUGGUCGUCUUUCAUCAACAAAAUUAUUUAUCAGUGGUGAUGCAGAUAAUCUGUAUACAAUGAUACCUCGAGAUGGAGCAAUACUUGCUUUACUAAAAUUCUUAAAUAAAUAUACUCAAAAUCAUCGAAUUGUUGGAAUGACAAUUGAUACUAUAACAAAACUGGCUCGUUUAGUUUUGGAUACAAAUUGUUUUGUAUUUGAAGAUAAAUAUUAUUUACAAAUUCGUGGUGGAGCUAUGGGAUCACCCUUUACAGUGACAUUAGCAAAUAUCUAUAUGUUUGAAUGA